AUGUACAGACCGGACCAAACCGAACCCUCACAGCUGCCGGAAUGGCGCCUGCCACCGCGUCGCCCUAUACCGUCGCAGAAUGCGCCGCCUCCACCGCCACCACAGCCGCCAACAGGCAGUGGAUAUACUCCAGGAGCUUUUGGUCCGAUGUCACCCACACCUGGGGUAUCGACAAUAUUGCCGUCGCCAGUGUCGCCGAUGGCGGCGCAGAGCUCAGAUCCGCGAACAUGGGGAGUGCAAUACAAUAAGCACCAGAUCUAUGCUCCUCCACCUCUUCCACCUCGGCCCUCUAGCACAAAUGAACAACCCUACAGCUAUGCGCAAUCACAGCAACACCAGCAACAACAAUACCCGCAGCCUCAGCCGCAGCCGCAGCCCCAAUCACCCGUUUUAACCACGAAUAUCCUACCUGGAGCGCCGACCCCAGGAUCCGAAGCCUUUGCAGAAGCUCAGCCAGGAUCGGCCACUAGUAUUCCGCCGCCGUAUGAUUUUCCACCUCGCCCAAGUCAGCCACAAAAUCAACAGUAUCAAGAUACCAAUGUUCCACCGCCACCCCCUAAGAUCCCCCGGGAUCAGGAUUCAGCUCCUAGUCAGGUUUAUCAACCUUCACAGCCGCCAGUACAUGCACAAGGUAUCAGCCCAGCAGCUACACACGGCUCGCAUGGAUUUCAACAGAAUGCUUCCUUGAACCCCAAUUCGACUGUCACUUUCUCCUCUGCGCUGGGUCCAGGAACACCUUCUGACUGGGAACAUCUUGGUCCCACAGAGGGCGAUUUUGAUGACGCACCAUGGUUUCCACCUAGAGAUCCUCCCCCUCCCACCCCCCCUCAGCCAAGUCAAAGCGUCCAGACACCCCCGGGCUUCUCUACGGGAAUAUCAAACUCCGCCACGUCCCCUGUUUCGGCCAACCCUGUGUCACAAGAGAAUUUCAGACAGGAGCACCUGGGAGCCAUCUAUCGGACUUCAACUCCCCAACGCACUGACUCUAUCUCGCCUAUCAGCCCCUCUACAACGUAUAGCGUUCCAACGCUACCACCUCCAAAUCGUGUAGAUAGUGCCGGUUCCAACGACUCUUGGUCGCGUCGCGCCGACAGUAUUGAGAAUGUCAUCGACGCUUGGGUCAAGCCUCUAGAGCCAGGACCGAAGCCAACUCAGCCUGAGCCUGACUCUGUGACUUUAGCAUCUCGCUCAGACUUUUCUUCUCACAGAAAUUCAAUCGAGACCACAACCCCCGUGUUAUCUCCUAGUCAGGAUACGAGGCCCAGAUCAACUACGGGCACUCCUACGGAAACUAAAGGCAGUGUAGCGGUUGCGCCUCAGAUGCGAAAUCCAGAUCCAUAUGAAGACCUUGAUCCGUGGUUCAAAUCAUCUCUAACACGCUACAUUGCCAUGUUACGCAAAGAAGCAGUCGCAGACUCGGAUGAAGAGCGCUACAAGAUCUUUACAGCAUUCAUGGCCAAGGAGACCAAACUACGAGAGAUUCUAUACAACAUUGAACAUGAGCCCGUGAUCGCAAAAGAGGAGCCCCGUCUAUCUACCGUAACUCAAGAUCCAAUUCCUCUAUCACCCAAAGAGCUCGAGGAACCGAAGGAACCUGAGAAGCCCAAGAUACCUAUUGAGUCUGGUUUGAUUCCCGUGGAAACAGAAGAAGAACGCGGACCAUCUCCAGCGACAAUUAGCACGGGUGUUCCAGAUAGCAAUGAUGGCGAAGAUGCAGGUAGUGAGUAUAGCGCAGGAGGACGCCCAAUUUUGGGCAAACAGGCUCGUCGUGGGUCGACACCGUGGCAGCCCAAUCUUACAAUGAGCCUUUCGGAAGAAAAGCCGCCUCUUGAGCCCCUCAUGACGAAUCCACCCAGGCCAAUCUACACUCCAUUCCAGUACACAGAGGGGCCACAGCGUGGCUCGGAUGAUCUUAAAUUCGAUCGCCCGGCACAUCAAGCUUAUUCGGAUUUACGACAAGCAUCAGCCAUAAGCGGACGAGUCAUGUCCAACUAUGGGCCUCUCACGUCUGGUUUACCCAGAAUUGCCCCUUUGAAUCCUUCUACCCCGGCUCUCAAUGAACACGAUGAGACUUUUGUCGGUCUUAUUCGCCAUAAGAGCAAUGCCUAUCAAUUAAGAGGCGGAAGGAGCGAAACGCCUCUUUCGUCCUUACCAGAAUCUCUUCGACAAGGCCCCCAGGCUCGCCUGGUCGAAGAGCUACGUGCAAUGGUUUGGACACCUCUAGACAAACAAACAGAGAGCUCAUGGCACAUCACAACUAGGGAAGAUCUUGAAAAGUAUUCAGAGGAUUUUUCAUACAUUCAAAAUACCAUUGAUGAAUGGGAGAGAGCGGAAGCAGUUCGACGGCACAGGCUUGAUGAGGAUCGUGCAGCCCGACAGGAGAAUUCCGAAAGUCAAAUCGAUGCCCUCUUUGAUGGAAAGGAAAUCGGCUAUGCUGAUAUCAAUACUCUUGAGGAGGAUUUCCGACAAACUGAAGCCCGUGCUCAGCUUGAUGAAGAACGAGAGGAAGUUGAAAAAUUUACAACUGAAGUUUUCAAUCCUCUGGACGAGCGUCUCAAGAACGAAAUAUCUGCCCUUCGAAAGUCUUAUGAUUCGGCACUCGGGCAGCUUGACCGAGACCAGAAGAGCAAGAAUAAUUCCUCUGAUCGUCGCAGCCCAUCCGUAACUAUGAAGAUGGUUAAUGAAAUCCACAACAGACUUGAGAUUCGAUUUCAAAAGCGACUCGAGCUCGCCUUGGACUCCGAAAGACGUCGGAAGAGAGCCGAACGUCGCCCACUAGUCUUCAUGGGAGAUAUGGCUAGUCUUCGUACUCUGGACGGGGACUUUGACCGCAUGGAAAAACGAAAUGUUCUGGAGGCCGCUAAAGAUACCGAUGAACGUGCUAAUCGACUUAUGGACUCAUUUGACGAUGCAAUUCUGCACGGUCUAGGCAUGAACCAAAGUCUUCUAGACGAGCUUUCAUCGAAACUCUCUCGGCUGGACUACGCGACCAUUCGUGCUUCCGGCUUGACGGAUUCUGAGCUUGAACAGAUCCUCAAGUCAGCGGCAAAAUUUGCGUCAUCGCUUCGUAUGGAUUCAGAGACAAUUCUUCGCUGCUCGGGAGUCGCAGAAAGAGCCCUCAACGAUGCUGAUUAUUCUAUCUCUGUUGCCGAAGCGAAAUAUGCAGAUUCAGAACCUGAUAUUUUCGAAAGACUCGAGAGUGAAAAGAAAAAAGAGGACUUAACGCUUCAAGCUGACCUGGACUCGAAAUUACAGAGUAUCCAGAAAGCCCCUCAAGAUCUUGAUAACAUUAUUGAAAGACUCACUGAGGGCUUGGGAAAGGCCCCCAAAUUCGCGGUUCCUGCAUCUCCAAUCACGGAUGAGAUGAGUCCCGUGAGUCAAUCCCCUGAUGUACAGGCUUUGAAGCCGCCACCUCUCGAACUUCGCCCGGCAACUGUAGUUCCGAGUCAGAGUCAGACUCCAGCCCCGUCAACCAAAACUUCGGAACUGGGAACAGAACAUCAGGAGAGAUUGCGCAGGGCACUAGAGGAGGCAAAGAAGCGCAACGCUGCCAGAGCCAAUGAAUAA